UUUUCUUGUCCUAAACAACAUAUAAUAUAAGCCAUUUUCCCUAUUCUCUCUCUCACAUACAAAAACAGAGUUGUUCUGUUCUGUUUCUUUGUUGGAAGAAGAACCAAAAUAGAAAACAUGGGUGUUCUUGAUAAACUUUCAGAUUAUUUUUCUGUGUCUCCAAUAACUAGAAAGAAACGCAAACCAAUGCAGACAGUUGAAAUCAAAGUGAAAAUGGACUGUGAUGGGUGUGAAAGAAGAGUUAGGAAUUCUGUUGCUUACAUGAAAGGUGUGAAGCAAGUAGAGGUGAAUAGAAAGGAAAGCAAAGUAAGUGUUUCAGGAUAUGUUGACGGAAAUAGGGUUUUGAAGAAAAUACAGAGCACUGGAAAAAGAGCAGAGUUUUGGCCUUAUAUUCCCUACAACUUGGUAGCUUAUCCUUAUAUAGCACAAGCAUAUGACAAAAAGGCACCACCUGGUUAUGUCAAAAACACAAUGCAAGCACUACCUAGUCCAAAUGCUAUGGAUGAGAAACUCACUAAUCUUUUUAGUGAUGAAAACCCUAAUGCAUGUUCCAUCAUGUAAUAAUAAUGCAAUUAUGCUAAUUGGCUUCUUUGUGUUUA